GUCGAGUGAUUUUUUCAAAAUUUUAAUCUUUUCUCGAAAUAGUGAGGCGUUUCAGUGAAGUUUUGGAAAUAAGAUAAUAUUUGACAAGAUGCAUCUUGUGACCUACAUGACGACUGUCUUAUUCGCACUCUAUAGCGCAGAAAGCAUUCAGGCCGCAAGAACAGAUUAUGACCAUAUCCGUGAACUGUACGAACUGUUACAGGCGGCUGGAGCAGGGGUAGAUUCAGGGCCUGGAUUUACCGAUACAGCGGGUCUCUAUGCAGCAAGACAACAACGAAAAGCUUUGGCACCAUCCCUGAGAUUGAGAUUCGGAAAAAGAGAUAAUGAAUUAGAAGAUGAGUUGCCUUAUCCAGUUCUGGAAUCUUUAACAUCCGAACUAGACAUGGCGCGAAGGGCUCCAUCAAUGAGAUUGCGCUUUGGAAAACGCUACGACCCUGAGCAGCAGAUGAAUAAUAGGAGAAUGCGGCUACCGACAAAAGUUUUGCGAUACGGUCGCUCUUACCCGCAGGUGAAUGCGCGGCAGAAUGCAGACACGACUGACAAUUGAACUGGGAUUUCUAAAAAGAAUCUAAUAUUCAAGUAUUAGCUUAAAAUAAGAAUUAUUUCUAUAAAUCUUUCAAUCUGAUGAUAAACUUAACUUACGUACAUGUGCUAUAUGUAAUUUCCUUAUUAAAUUAUUCGAAAUAUAUUUUGAUAUUUAUCCUUAUUGGUCAAGAA